AUGGGGAGUAGAUUUGGAAGAAGAGUAGUUCAUUUUGCUAACCUGCCUAUUAAGCUCCUGAUGCCUACCUCUUUCUCCAAUAUUACUGAAAUUGCCCUGAAAACAAUCCCUUCUGCUACCAAGAUUGAGAUUAAGAGGGUAUUGGAGUCACUGUAUGGGUUUGAGGUGGACAACGUAAGGACCUUGAACAUGGAUGGGAAGAAGAAGAAGCGUGGUGGCUUAUUGAUUGCAAAACCUGAUUAUAAGAAAGCUUACGUUACCUUGAAAUACCCUCUGUCCAUAUCCCCUGACGUGUAUCCCAUUAAGAUUAUUGAGGAGGAUAAAAAAAAUUUAGCUAAGCCUUCGAAGAAAACCAGCAUUGAGGAUGCCGAGCCAAAGACUACACAUUGGCUUGAUGAUAAAAAGAGUGAACCCAAAAGGGGAUCCUACAGAUACAGGCGAGAGAGCUUCAGCUCAACUCGUGGUGAGCGUGGCGGAACCAAUGGUGGGGAUGGUGCUUCUAGGCCAGUUGCCAAGUUUCCAUGGAGCAGUAUGAAGUCGUUUUCGAGAUAGUUUUUGUACAAUCUUUGUAUGAAAAUCGGCAUAUGGUGCUUCAGCUUUUUAUAGGCCUUCGUCGCAGUUAAAGCGCGGAACUUUCCAAACAUAUUGGUUUUCAAUAAUUUAGGCUAAUGAUUGCAUAGACAUGUUCUUCAGUCAUGAAUGCUUUUGAGGACAUGCUGAUUCUGAUUACAAUAGAAGAAACGGUCUUUGAUUCCUUUUCGCUAUGGAUUUUUCCAACUGAUAUCUUCACAUGGCGUAGAUAUGUUUGAAAUAGAAUGACUGGAAAGUCUUUAGUUGCUAAAUGGUGCUAGAGUUUUACAAGGAAAAGGGAAGAGGAAAACUAAAUGCCAUCCCUCCAAUUCCUGUCCAGAUUCCAGUGUUAAUGUUUUCUUGUUUGAUUUCAUUGAGUUCUGGAGACAUGGGUUCGGGCAUACUUCAAGAUAUAGACAUCCUCCUUCUGAACUUGGUUUUAUGGUCUGAAUGAGAUGCAUUUUGGCCUUCCACCGUUUCUUCCUCGUCUGUUUUCCUAUGGAAAAGAGAUGGCUUCUUGAUUUUGCUCCAUCCAAAUUUCCAUGUUGACAGACUUCGUUGCUUUGUACCGAGCUUUCCAUAUUCUUGCUGUAACUCAAAGUAAUCUGUUUGCAACUCUGUCAUUUUGGCCUUUACUGACUCCAAUUCUGCCCUGAGACUAUUCACUUCAUUCUUUGAACACAACCAAUUUCCGCCUUCAUCCUGGGUGUCAUCACUGGCUGUUUUAUCUUUUCCUCGUAUAAUUGCCCUCAUCUUUAUCUGUUCUGAGAACAAA